AUGGACGGGGGCGAUAGGAUAUUGGUCGCCGCAGGUCUCACGGCGGCCGUCGUGGUGGGCGCCUUCGUCCUUUGGGGCCCCGGUGGCGCUCCUAAAGUACGCAAGCGAAGGGGUCAGAUCGCCGGGUUACAAAAUCUAGGUCGGACAUGUUUCCUGAACACUCUGCUUCAAGCGCUCGCAGCGUGCCCUACUUUCAUAGAGUGGUUGAAGAAAUACGCGAAAGCCGACGGCCACAACAGUAUGAUAACAACUCUUUAUACUGUUAUUGAAGUUGUGAAUGGCACCCAUGAAUCGGCCCGAGGCACCCCAGUAUGUCCCCUAGGAGUGUUGCAAGCGUUGAGAGCAGCCGGAUGGGUCGUGCCGGCUGACCAACAGGAUGCUCAUGAGCUAUUACAUGUGCUGCUUAACUGUAUUGAGGAGGAGACUGCUGCUAUGGCUAAGAAGCCUGGCUGUUUGUCGGACGCCUUAGGACUCGGUGGAGCCAAGGCGUGGUCAGCUCUAGCGUCGCCUGCAUCUCCGCCUUCUGGUUCCUUUUCAUUACGUCCUGCUCGCCCUGCUUCUGCUGCCCCUCCCAUAGAACCGGACUUGGCUGAUCCAGAUGAACCCGAAACAGAACCGACUCCACUGCGCAAGGGCGUCUCGCGCUCUUUCUGCCACUUAAGCAGCGUGGGCCGCCGUUGGGCAUGCGCCCCCGCCCGGCCUGCGCCUGCGCCGCCGUUUCGCGGCACCCUCGCGAGUAGAACGCAUUGCACCGUGUGCUCCACUAAGAGCCCUGUGCGCUAUGAUAAGUUUGACAGCGUGUCAUUAUCCAUGAGCAACGCCAGCGCAGGAAUCAAUGGCAGCUACAGUUUGGCAGGUCUGAUCCGAGCUUUCACAUCUCCCGAGAUAGUGAGCGGCUUAAGGUGCAGCAAAUGCGUCCCUGAGAAAGGGCUCGACGCUCCCGAACGAACCUACACCAAGCACAUACGCACGCUAGGCUUUGCGAAGCUGCCGACCUGCCUGUGCCUGCACGUGUCCCGAGUGGAAUGGAGCGCCUCCGGAUUGAGCAAGAGAAGCGAGUUCGUGGCCUUCACGGAGACGCUGAGUAUGGCGCCGUACACCUCGCCGACGGCGCAGAGCCAGCCGGUCGACAUCUCGGCGGUAUUGGGCGAAGGGCGCCUGCGCAGCGGCCUCUCGUUGGUCAACGCUGCGGCAGGAGGCGAAGGCGGCGAGCGCACUCUGUACCUGCUGGUGGCGGUCGUGGUGCAUGUGGGCGGGCCUCGUUCGGGACACUUCGCCACCUACAGGCGCGGCAAUGGCUUCGAGAGCAAACGUUGGUGGUACACAUCAGACACGCUGGUCCACGAAGUGUCGCUUCAGGAGGUAUUGCGGUGUUCAGCUUAUCUCUUGUUCUACGAGAGGAUGGUGGAACAACCGUUUAAGGCCAUGUACUUUUGA